UGCUUCAUGCAAGGGAUUCGGUCUUAGUGCAGUUUCUAACAAGUUAAGAUGGAUCUUCUCCACAGCCAUGGCGUGCUCAUAAUUCAGCAUUUGCAGAAGGAUUACAGGUCAUACCAGAGCUUUCUAAACUUCAUGUCACAUGUCGGAGAUCCUCGGAACAUUUUUUCAAUUUAUUUUCCUCUUUGGUUCCAGCUUAAUCAAGUGGUUGGGACAAAAAUGAUCUGGGUGGCAGUGAUCGGUGAUUGGUUUAAUCUUAUAUUUAAAUGGAUUUUGUUUGGUCAUCGUCCAUAUUGGUGGGUCCAGGAGACAAUGAUCUAUCCAAACCAAACUACCCCAUGCCUUGAGCAGUUUCCUAUAACAUGUGAAACAGGACCAGGAAGCCCCUCUGGACAUGCCAUGGGAUCAUCAUGUGUCUGGUAUGUGAUGGUGUCAGCAGCCCUGAGCUACACAGUGAGGCAGAAAGGGAAAUCAACCAUUAAUCUGCACAGACUCACCUGGUCUUUCCUGUGGAGCAUGUUCUGGAUUAUUCAGAUCAGUGUGUGUGUCUCAAGAGUCUUCAUAGCAACACAUUUCCCUCACCAAGUCAUCCUUGGAGUGAUUGCUGGCAUGCUUGUUGCUGAAGCGUUUGAACAUGCCCCAGCCAUCCAAACAGCAAGUUUAAAAACAUAUAUCCAGACAAACGUGUUCCUCUUUGCUUCUGCUCUCGGCUUAUACUUGGUUCUGAAGCUUAUCGAUAUUGAUCUUUUGUGGUCUAUUCCGAAGGCAAAGAAGUGGUGUGCCAACCCAGAGUGGAUCAAUAUUGACACGACUCCAUUUGCCGGACUGGUGAGGAACUUAGGUGCCCUGUUUGGGCUAGGCCUCAGCAUUAACUCUGAGAUGUUUAUCUUGGGCUGUAAAGGUAAACAUGGCUAUAAACUGAGUUUCAGGAUGUCAUGCAUAGCUACAUCCUUAGCCACGCUGCAGCUCUAUGAUUUUAUCAAGAUACCCACCCACACUGAGUAUCUGUUUUACAUCCUUUCUUUCUGUAAAAGUGCAGCCAUACCGCUUACGGUAGUGGCCUUUGUUCCGUAUUGCAUAUACUUGCUCAUGAAGCCAACAGAAAAGAAGUUUCGGUAGACAUUAAUGGUUGGUUUGCCUUGGAAGAUCCUGGAACGUCUUAAGAUGCCAAGGAUGCUCUGUGGCCGAAGACUCAAAACAGUUAUUUCACUUUCUCUCACUCUCCAUUCCGAACAAUGGUGGGUAUAUUUCGGAUAUGUAAAAUCGAAAAGACGCUUACACCCAGGACUGAGAUUCUCGUACCAGAAAUAAUGAUCGGUUAAGACCCAAAUACUGACAAUUAGAAUGUUAUAACAUGGCUGCCUGAGCUUCCAACAGUUAGAAAAGUUUGUAUAUAUGUAUGUACUAGUAGUCAAAGCAUGCUGGAUUUUUUUCUGCCCUGAAACUGAAAAGUGCUUCGCCUACCUGCUCCUCUGUCUCAGCCCAGGAGAUGUAUAGUUUUACUCAGCACUGCAUUUUAUGUAUUUGUGUGGGCAUGUGUACAUUUGUAUAAAAAGGUAAAGGGACCCCUGACCAUUGGGUCCAAUCGUGGCCGACUCUGGGGUUGCGGCGCUCAUCUCGCUUUAUUGGCCAGUACAUUUGUAUAGUUACUAGUAAAUUAAACUUGCAUUCUGCAAGCACCUACCUAUGUUUCUGGUGAGCUCACACUUCCCUCACAUCCAAGCCUUAAGCAACUCUGUGACCCAUGUGUGACUUACUUUGCUCUCUGCGGAAAUGCUGACAUCUAUUCUGAGGUAAAUGUCAUGACCCAAGUUAUUACUGUUAAGAUCCAAUAUAUUCAUUUUGUCAGACUUUUCUAUUAAUCAGUGUUUUGUGGACUGUAUAUGUGCCAAAUUUCAGUUUGCUAGGUGACCCAUAAUUUCCACCACCUUUUGGGAGUAUAUAUUUUUUGUCUUGUAUCUUCCCAUCCCAUUUAGUAAGACACAGAGGCUACAACCCUAUACUCACUUAGCUGGGACUUAAGAGUCAGUGAACUCAAUGGGAUUUCAAGUAGAAAUGUAUAGGAUUUGCACUGUUACUCUCUGCCUUUCAGAGCCUUUCAGUUUUUUUCAGGUAACUGUGGAGUGUUUUGGAUAAUGAAUGUGCAAAAUUUCAGCUUUCUGGGAAGCCUGGAAGAUGCUCAACCAUUGGAGGGUGUUCUUUGAAUACUCUGUUUUGUGGGAGCUGUGUACAAAUGUCCCAUUUUUAACUUUGUGUAGUAACUGGGGUGCUUUGGACUGUACAUGUACCAAAUGUCAAGGCUCUACAAUAUUGGGGCUCAUUUAUUCAGUGUAAAGAGAGAAAACAAGUGAUUAAUAUUUACUAAAAUUAUGCUGUUAUAUGAUAUAACUUAUCUGGAUCAUAUAAUAAUUUG